AUGGGAAAAUUUCGUUUCUGCCUGCAGGUUGUGGAACGGACCAAUGCGGUAAUAUUGAACUCCAAGAACAUUGUUGUUUCAGAUGCACAUUUCAACAAUGCCAACGCCGACAUUUCCUAUGAUGAGUCACAGGAGCUUGUCAUCUUCACUUUCCCUAGUGCCCUGGAGACUGGCAACGGCCAGCUUAACUUAAAAUUUCGAGGCCAUUUAAGUGAUGAUAUGCAAGGCUUUUACAGGAGCACGUACAAGUCGCCGACCGGAGAAGACGGCUAUAUUCUGUGUACUCAUUUUGAGCCUAUUCAUGCUCGCCGGGCGUUUCCGUGUAUGGACGAACCAGAUCGAAGGGCCACUUUUGAUAUCAGCCUUGUUGCAAUGGACAACGAAGUUGCUUUGUCAAAUAUGCCUGAAGUAUCGAGACAAAUAAUCGCCCCACCCACCGGUCGUCCUGCGCCUGCGGAGGGUCACAAUUACGUCAAAGUACAAUUUGGCAAAUCGCCCUACAUGUCCACGUAUCUGGUGGCAAUGGCCGUUGGAAACCUCGACCAUGUUUCUACGAAGGACUCGAAUGGAGUUGAUAUUCGCGUCUUCACGACUCCCGGGAAGAAGGCAUGCGGACAGUACGCUCUAGAAGUUAGCGCAAAAACGCUGCCUUUCUAUGCUAACCUUUUUGGCUGCAAAUUUCCUCUGCCGAAAUGUGACCUGAUUGCACUUCCUGACUUCGCCAUUGGUGCGAUGGAAAACUGGGGUCUUAUAACAUUCAGAGAAGCACAGUUGCUUAUCGACCAGGAGAACACGUCCCUGAUAUCAAAACAGUUCGUUGCUCUAACAGUGACCCAUGAAUUAGCUCAUAUGUGGUUUGGUAAUUUGGUGACAAUGGAGUGGUGGACGCACCUAUGGCUGAAGGAGGGAUUUGCUACGUGGAUUGAGUUUGUCGCCACUGACUUCUGUUUUCCCGAUUACAACAUUUGGGAGGGAUUUGCUACGUGGAUUGAGUUUGUCGCCACUGACUUCUGUUUCCCCGAUUACAACAUUUGGGUAGGUUAA